CACCUCAUCCUCUUACCACCAUGGCCGACGCUGAAUCAUCAUCCUCUUCCUCUGUAGACGAGAAAGUCGACAUUAACAUUAAGGGCCCAGAUGCGAAAGUGACGAUCAAAAUCUCGUUAAACGAGACGGUCCUGGACCUCAAGAAUGCCAUUCAGACCGAAACAGGCGUCGAGGCUAAUAGACAAAGAUUGAUUUAUAGUGGUCGAGUACUUAAGGAUGCAGACGUGCUCUCGACAUACAAGAUACGGCCCUUAGACACGAUUCACAUGGUGAAAGGCGCUGCACGAAGCGCCGAGUCGGGACCCUCCUCAGCAGGCGGCGCAUCGGCAUCUACUCCACAACAACUACCAACGAUGCAAACCGGACAAAACCCAAGCGAUCCACUUACACUUUUGAACGGACCGAUGGGGCACGGGUUGCUCAACGCGAACUUCAACCCGUUUGCAGACAUGGGACUGAAUCCGGGUGACCCAAACAUGAUGCAAGGUCUGAUGGACAACCCUGCGUUCUUGCAACAAAUGAGCUCGAUGAUGUCGAACCCUGCUGUUCUUGAUCAGAUCAUCAGCAUGAACCCUCAGCUUGCCGCUAUGGGUCCACAAGCACGACAAAUUAUGCAGAGCGAUGCUUUCCGACAAAUGAUCUCAAACCCACAAGCUUUUCAAUCGAUGAUGCGCCUUUCGUCAAUGAUGCACGGCGGUGGAGCGAGCCCAUUCGGCGGGGCAGCCGCUGGAGGAGCAAACUCAUUCCCCGCCCCAGGCCUCCCAUCGUCAGCUCAGCAAACACAAGCGCAGACUCAAACACCUCAGUCGCCUCAGUCUCAGCCUCAGUCUCCAAAUACACAGCAAAACCCUUAUGCCGCUCUUGCUACCUUACUCGGUUCCAUGCCUCCACCGCCUGCCCAACAAGGCGCUGGGACAGGUGCGGCGACUGGGACAACACCCGGUUCUCCUCCGGCCGCAGGUACAGGCGCUACAGGUGCAGUUCCCGGUACCGGUGCGGCUCCCGGAUCCAACCCAUUUGGCGCCAUCGACCCAUCCCUCGUCCAGAACCUCCUAGGAGGCAUGGGCGGUUUCGGAGGGUUUGGCGGAGGCAUAGGCGCCGGUACACCCCAACCCGCCGACACCCGCAGCCCCGAAGAGCGUUUCCAAGUCCAACUCCAGCAGCUCCAGGAUAUGGGAUUUAGUAAUGCACAGCAGAACGUGCGUGCGUUGCUUGCGACGGGUGGGAACGUGCAUGCUGCGAUUGAGUAUAUACUUGGUGGGGGUGGACUUAUGUAGGGUUACGAGGUAGAUCACUGGAUGUGGAUGAGUAGGUGGGUGAGCGAAGAUGUUGUGUAAGAACAGUCAUUGUCGGAUAGUAUGUUGUUGGAUAUGGAGAAUGCAAUGUUCUCACCGACCUCAUAUUUGUGUCGCUUGACUGUAUUGUAUUGUGUAGAUGGACGGAAGAAAUAUUGCUACAGUUAAAUUACAUCAUGCAUACAUAUGAAAUUUGGCAUGCACCAGAUAACGCAAUCGGCGUAGACACAGACCAAAGAACAGACGAGAUAAAUCAAUUUUAAGCAGGUCCAACCAGUAACCUUUGGGGACGCUUUCGAGAUCCUGAGAUGAUCCUUUCCUUGCAAUUGUCGCAGAACCAUUUUCCGCGUUUUGGGGCUUCACUUAAGCCUACGCAGCCCAGAUGGAACCAUUCUCGUUCACAGCCUGGGGCGUCGCAUCCGAUCAUCUCUCCAUAGGAAACCCCACCACAGUAGCAAUACCGUGGCUCAUUGGGAUCAAUCGGCAUAUCCACUGACGACAGCACAACUGAAGUCGCAGUAUCCGUACCGCUAAUCGUCUCUGUCUGCAGGGCACCUUCUGCCAUAUCUACAUCCGCCGUAGGUGAAGCAUUUGCAUUUGUUGGUCUUCGAGAACGCAUGGAGCUACGAUUACGCGAGUUUUUGUCCUUUUUGCUUUUGGAUUUGGAUGAUGUGUCGUUUACUACGCUGAUUGAGCCGUCUUGUGGUUUUGGAACUGAACCGCUGACUGGAGGUGGAGGGGAGGUGCUUCGCGGUACGUAUACCUGAUUCUUUGCUUGUGACUCCUGGUCUCUGAUUGCUUGGUCCAAAAGGCGGACGUGCCUAUCAACCGAAUCGUACGUCGCCUGAGCUAUGUUGACUUUCUCCUCGCACGCGGAGAGUAGCUCGUUCAGUACUGCUGAGACAUCGGAAAGCAUCUUUCCGGAAGGAACGUGGUCUGCGUUUUCUCGAGCAUCUGGAAAGAGUUGAGAAGAAAUUGCAGCUGCGCUGUUGGUUCGACGGGGUGAUGAUCGUGUGGACUGGACACCGUCUUCAUGUCGUGGUUCCUGCGGAGCCGAGAUUGCUUGUCGUCUCCGUAUGUAGUCCCGUAUCUUUGGUGACAGCAUCAAUUCCAAGGCGUGAGCCUGCCCGUCAAUCUCACGCAGAAGUGAGAAGUUCCGAUGCAAAGAUAGUGGGAGCUGCUCAACGGAUUCUACGUAUUCUUCACGAAAUGCCUCCCAGACAUCUAACUCUUUCGAGUUCGCUGAAGCAUCGUUUUCGCCGUGAUGUCCCUGGGAUUCUAAACUAUCUGAGCUGAUGCGCUUUCGUUUCCGUGUGUUCCGCAUUGAGGUGAGUAAGUGCAGGUAGU